GCGCGCGGGGAAAGGAGGUUACCUGCCCGCCGCCUCCGAUCUCACCUGGCCGCCCUUCCGAGGUGGCUCCGGGGCUCGGGCGGGACAGGCGCGCAGCAAGAGCCACCUCGGACUCUGACGCGGAGAAGGGCGCUUACUGCUGGUUGGGGGUGCUGGAGGCGAGGUGGAGACUGCAGGGACUCCAGGGAGGGCGGGGUGAGCACAGCCGGGCUGCGGGAGAAGAUGGUGGAUUACCUGGCCAACACGGAGAUCAACAGCCAGCGCAUCGCGGCCGUCGAGAGCUGCUUCGGGGCGUCGGGGCAGCCGCUGGCCCUGCCAGGCAGGGUGCUGCUGGGCGAGGGCGUGCUGACUAAGGAGUGCCGCAAGAAGGCCAAGCCGCGCAUCUUCUUCCUGUUCAACGACAUCCUGGUGUACGGCAGCAUCGUGCUCAGCAAGCGCAAGUACCGCAGCCAGCACAUCAUCCCGCUGGAGGAGGUGACGCUCGAGCCGCUGCCCGAGACCCUGCAGGCCAAGAACCGCUGGAUGAUCAAGACGGCCAAGAAGUCCUUCGUGGUGUCAGCCGCCUCCACCACCGAGCGCCAGGAGUGGAUCAGCCACAUCGAGGAGUGCGUGCGGCGGCAGCUGCUGGCCACGGGCCGCCAGCCCAGCACGGAGCACGCGGCGCCCUGGAUCCCGGACAAGGCCACGGACAUCUGCAUGCGCUGCACGCAGACGCGCUUCUCCGCGCUCACGCGGCGCCACCACUGCCGCAAGUGCGGUUUCGUGGUCUGUGCCGAGUGCUCCCGCCAGCGCUUCCUCCUGCCGCGCCUGUCGCCCAAGCCCCUGCGCGUCUGCACCCUCUGCUACCGCGAGCUGGCCGCCCAGAAGCGGCAGGAGGAGGAGGAAGAGCCGGGCGUGGGGUCCCCCGGGCAGCCCGCCUACCUCGCGGGGGCCGUCUGCGGGGCGUCCAGUGGGGACGAUGAGGACUCUGACGAGGACAGGGAGGGCAGUGGGGACGGCGACUGGCCCAGCCGUGUGGAGUUCUACUCCUCGGGCGUCUCCUGGUCAGCCUUCCACAGCUGACCGGGCUCCGCGGCUGUCGGGGAGGGCCUCCCGGUCCCUUCGGCACCCGAGCGGACUCCGUGGCCCAGGCCCCUGCGAGGGCGGAGUUCCCGGGCUGCCCCCCACCCCGGCCCCCCCGGCCCCGGCCCCGUGGGUGGCAGGGACCGUGGGAAUGGCUCUUUCUCUGCGGACCCCGGUGCCUUUGUGCUGGACUUUGGCAUCCCUCUUUUCCACUUCAGGUAAUUCUCUUUCCACUUCGCAGACUCAAAACACUGUGGCCUCUUAGGAGCCAAUAAAUGCCUUUUCUUGGCCCUAGGAGCUGUGGUCCCAGAUGAUGCCUUGAACUAAACAACCCCGGGCACCUUUCAGGACCAGAGGGAAGACAGGACUGGGGGAGGUCCCCUGAGGCCGUGCACCCCAGCACCUGCCUGCCAGAGAAGCACACCCCCAGGGAAGACUGGGAGUGCUGGAAACCAGUUCUGCCCAUGCACCUUGCUGGCACCCACCUGCCCAGAUGGCUGGGCCUUCUCAGGCCAGGCAUGUGGGAUCACCCUGAGCCAGGCAAGAGACUGCCAUGCCCACCAGGCGUGGGACUGCAGCCUGGCUCCCUGGGGUCCAGGGCACGUGCCCGGACCUCUGGCCCCAUCUCCCCUCUCUCAAGGUGUCUGAUGCCCCUUGGUCCUGUCCUUGUCUCGCCCUGUGGCUAGGGAAAGCAGUGUUUUCUGUUAGAACCCUUCAUUGCAAGUGACAGAAACCCUACCCACACUGAUUUAACAAUAAAAAGAACGUUUACUGACUCACAUGGUCAAAAAA